CUCCGUCUCUGACCUUCCACUGGGACCAUGCAAGCAUUUGUUCCCAGGUCGUAUCUGACCCCGGUCAGGGAUGAAGAAGCAGAGUCUCAGAGGAAAGCAAAGUCUCGUCAUGCCAGACAGACCCGCCGGUCAACGCAGGGCGUGACUCUGACAGACCUGAAAGAGGCUCAGAAGACCAACAGCCUGUCUGCUCAAGUCAGACAGACUGAGGAAGGAUGCACACUGGAUGAGAGGACCUGUCUGAGGAAAGGCUUGACAGAUGACAGGAGAGUCAAAAUCGGCCUGACAGAGUCCACAGAAACAGCGGAGAUCUGUCCGAAAUGGGGCAAAAUGGACGAGCAGGGGAACAUUGAACCCAGGUUAGAAAGCCUCGCUGAGUCUCCAAUGCCAAACUUUUCAUAUUCGUCUAUUGCUGGACCCUGCGGCCUGCUUUACUGCAACAACGCCUUCAGAGCUGGUGAGAGAUGGAGAACAGACGAAAAUCAGAACCCUACUGAAGAUGCAGCUCAGCUGACCUUUGCAACGACACUGCAACAGAGACGACUGUGCUGUGACGUCGACGGUUCAGACUUCAACACCGCAGUGUGUAAAGAAGUCCUUCUGAAAAUGUUCAUCAUUUACAAGGCAGAUGAUAAAAAGCCUGAGUCAUGA